UAUAUUCACGCCUCAAACACCCACAAUUCAGCCCCUAUACACAGUACAGAGAAGCAGAGAGCUCUAGAAGAUCGAAAAUAUGGGUUCCAUCGCAGAAUCAGAAACCCAAAAGCCGAAGCCGCACGCCGUCUGCAUCCCGUUCCCGGCGCAGGGCCACCUCAACCCUAUGAUGAAACUGGCCAAGCUCCUCCACGUCAAGGGCUUCCACAUCACCUUCGUCAACAACGACUACAACAACCGCCGCCUCCUCAAGUCCCGCGGCGCCGCCUCCCUCGACGGCCUCCCGGACUUCCAAUUCCGCUCCAUCCCCGACGGCAUCCCGUUGACCGACGACGACCAGCUCGACUCCACCCAGGACGUCCCUUCCCUCUGCUACUCCACCCCCAGGCACUGCCCCGCGCCCUUCCGCAGCCUCAUCGUCGACGAGCUCAACAAGUCGGCCACGUCGCCGCCGGUGACGUGCAUAGUCUCCGACGGGAUCAUGUCGUUCACGGCCGACGUGGCGGAGGAGCUGGGGAUCCCGGUGGUGCUGUUCUGGACGCUGAGCGGGUGCGGGUUCUCGGCGUAUGCUCAUUACAAGGAUUUGAUGGAGAGAGGCAUCACGCCGCUCAAAGACGCCAGCUACCUGACAAACGGCUACCUGGACAACCCAAUCGACUGGAUCCCCGGGAUGGAAGGCAUGCCCCUCAAGUACUUCCCCAGCUUCAUCUUCACCACCGACCCGAACGACGUCGUCGUCAACUUCGCCAUGCGCGAAAUCCACCGCGCCGCCACCAAGAAACCCGCCGCCAUCCUCCUCAACACCUUCGACGAGCUGGAGCAAGACGUCCUCGCCCACCUCUCCACCGUCUUCCCGCCGAUCUACACCAUCGGCCCACUCUGCGCCCUCACCAACCACUUCCCUUCUACCAAGCAUGAGCCCCUCGCGUCCAUCGGCUCCAACCUCUGGACCGACGAGCCCGAGUGCCUCAAGUGGCUCGGCGCCCACGCGCCCGGGUCCGUCGUGUUCGUCAACUUCGGGAGCGUCACGGUCAUGUCCCCGGGCCAGCUCGUGGAGUUCGCGUGGGGGCUGGCCAACACGAAGGUGCCGUUUCUGUGGAUCAUCCGGCCGGAUAUUGUCCGUGGAGAGACCGCGAUUCUGCCCCCGGAGUUCGUGGAGGAGACGGCGGCGCGUGGGAUGAUGGCGGGGUGGUGCCCGCAGGAGGAGGUGCUUAAACAUCCUGCGGUGGGCGGGUUUUUGAGCCAUAUGGGGUGGAACUCGUUCUUGGAGAGCGUGUGCGGCGGGGUGCCGGUGGUGUGCUGGCCGUUUUUCGCGGAGCAGCAGAUCAACACGUGGUUCGCGUGUGAAAAGUGGGGGGUUGGGAGGGAGAUCGGGAAUGAUGUGAGGAGGGAGCAGGUGGAGGCGAUGGUGAGGGAGCUGAUGGUCGGGGAGGAGGGGGAGGGGAUGAGGAGGAAGGCGGCGGAGUGGAGGAGGAAGGCCGAGGAGGCGGUGGCGCCGGCUUCGGGGUUGUCGUAUGGGAAUUUUGAGAGGCUUGUUGAGGAACUGAUCUGAUGGUGGCUGGAAAAUCUAGCUAGAUAGGGUCGCGUGUGUGUGUAAGUUGCUGUUUAAGGUUCCGGUGGUCGUUUUUUUCUGGUUUUUUGUGUGUUGUUGAAAUUGUGUCUUAUGAAUGGAAUAAUUUCACUUGGUCAUCCUUCGGUGUCACUAUAGCCAUAGGUGGAAUUAAAACAUUGCGCCUACCACGUGGUCCCCUCUGGUCCGACCCCCCUAGCAUCCUCCUUCGAUGUCGUUGACCCAUGCUGGCCAGUUCGGAAUGAGAGAGAGGUCACCCGAGACUGGAUCGACACAAAAGAAGGAAGAGGAAGAGGGGUUUGACCAGGAGAGGGAAGAUAGACUCAAGUUUAGGAAAAUUAUACUUCUAUUAGUUUUUUCCCCGAGCUCUGAGCACUUUUAAUAUGCUAUAUAGUAUUGGUGUUUUAAUGUACAAUUCAAAGUUGUACCAUAACAUUAAAUAUAUAAGUUUAGG